AUGUCUGUUGACCCCUUGGUAGACUCGCUCAAUCGCUUAAUUUUCCACCUCCCGCAUGCUGUACCCCAGACUAGUGAAAACGGCGACUCGGUGGUGGCUCCACAAAACGGGCUUCCUUCCAUUCUGAAGGAGUACUUUCCGUUGAAGGUGUCUGUGGCCAGGGAGGGUUUGCUGCCGGGACUGCUUAAAUCGCUUAAGAAUGAGCUUUCCAAGAACCACUGGCGCUGGGGCCAGUCCCUGGCGUCGAUAGACGUUUCCUUCUCGACGAAAGCGGCUGCCGACGCUGCCGUGGCGUAUUUGCUCGAGAAGAAGUUCUCUGUGCUGUUUGACUACUCCAAGUUCGUAUCUCAUCCGGGUACGCUAUUCGUGAAGAACCUAGCACGGGCUUCUGUGCUGCAAGAUAAGCUCCAUGCGUUUUUCAACGAUGCCUCCAAGUAUCGGUCGGUUUGCGACGUGAAUAUCAUUUCCUCGGCCUCCCUGGCGUCUUCCUCGUCAUUGGCCUCGAAUCUGCUGGAUCUGGAGGCGCUGGCGAUUCUCAAGUUUGAUAAUUACCUUGACGUUGACUAUAUCACGUCUAACUUGCCUUUGGCCCAGAACCCGUUCCAUCUGUCUUUGCCAUUGUACGUAAACCGUUACGUUAGCAAAAGAGAACGUGCCAUGUGUCCCGAUCUGGCGCCUUCGUCGCUGCUGCUGGUGAACCUGGCCCCUGAAGACUCCAUCUUGUACGAUACGCUUGUCAUUGAAAACCUCGGGGAUUUCUUCAGUAAUCGAGCCAAAAUCGACGAGUUGCGUCCUCUCGUGGAGAAAUUCGCCCUUUUUGGCCCCAUAGACUCGAUAUACUGGCCAAUGUCUCAUGGCAGCGAGGACAGUUUGUCUUUCCGCAAGGUUGGGUUUAUCUGCUUCGCCCAUGAACGAAACCUUAAUCAGGAUAUUCUCCGCUGCUUAUACUACUUGAGAGACUUGACAUUUGACGAGUUUGAUAAGUUUUCGGAACAGGAUAUCUACGACAUCAAAGAAGACAUCAACAAGCCUCAUAAGUUCCCAGAGCUGCUGGACACUCCAAGACUAAAAAUUUCCAUUGCACAGAGGAAACAUAAUCACCAUCUUUACGAAAGUGCCGAGUCUUUGUAUGCCUAUAAUGAACCAGGGCUGCUCAAAAUGAAAGUAUGUGAUCCGUCAGCUUCAGAUAUCCACGACGACACAUUCCUUAGCAAAUUCAUGAAGGCUUCGAAUUACCAAGAGACAAACGUUUACGUGAACAAUUUACCCAUUUUAUUUGAAAAUAAUGACGAUCUAUGGGCGCUGUUCUGGGACCAGUUUGGUGUUGAAGGCGUGAAAAGCGCCAAAAUCAUCAAACCUCAGUUCUACUCCAAGAAAUCCGACGAGCUGCUUGGACGCAUAGGAUUUGUAUUCUACGAGGAGUUCAAAAUGGCUCUCAGAGCUAUCAUUCUAACCAACAACAAAGUGGUGAGUCUUGGAAACGGCCCUGGCAUGGCUGUCCAGGCGUCCUUUGCUAUACAGAAACAUAAUAACCUGCUGGGUAGUGGAAAGCUGGCACUGUCUUCACUCAGCUCAGGCUCAAACUACAAUUAUUAUAAUGACGGUUACGGGAAGCGUUUCAGCUUACCCAUGAAUGAUCCUAACUUCUACAUGCAUGAGCCCAGACUACCCAACCAUGCUGCAUCGCCAGGGGCUUCUCCAUUUGUGCCCCCAGAUUACUAUUACUAUCCUUAUUACAUGCCCAUGCAGCCACCUCCAGAGCCAAUAAAGAAGGAGGAGGAGAAUGGUGGACAUUCACCAAAGCAAGCCCCACCACAGAUGAACCCCAAUGCGGCACCUUAUCCAAACCCAAUGGGCUACAUGUACCAUCCUUACUACUCAAUGCCGCAAGUGCCUCCUCAAUCUAUGGGAAUGGGUAACGGACCGGGUCCAUAUUUCAAUAAUUACUCAAUGAGGCAACCAGGGAAGGAAAGGAAAGGUGAACGGAAGAAGUCGUGA